GUUGCCGCCGGCUGGCACUGUCGCCGGUGCCUCGCCCAGGGCAACGCCGGGCCGGCAGCGAGGUCGGGGCGGCGGCACCGCGCUACGACGUGUUGGUGGUCGGCGGGGGCCAUGCGGGGACGGAGGCGGCGGCGGCAGCUGCCCGCGGCGGGGCCCGCACGCUGCUGCUCACGCACAGGAUCGGCACCAUCGGGGAGAUGUCCUGCAACCCGUCCUUCGGCGGCAUCGGGAAGGGGCACCUCAUGCGGGAGGUGGACGCUCUGGACGGGCUGUGCGGCCGCGUCUGCGACCGCUCCGGCGUCCACUACAAGGUGCUGAACCGCUGCAAGGGCCCGGCCGUGUGGGGCCUCCGCGCACAGAUCGACCGCGGCCUCUACAAGGAGAACAUGCAGAAAGAAAUCCUUAACACACCACUGUUGACAGUUCGUGAGGCAUCUGUGGAAGAUCUUAUCUUGACAGAGCCAGAAUCAGGCCAUCCUGGGAAAUGCCAAGUCGCGGGAGUCGUUCUGGGGGAUGGGAGCACAGUACACGCUGGGAGCGUUGUCCUGACCACCGGUACCUUUCUGAGGGGUAUGAUCCACAUUGGGCUAGAGAUGCACCCGGCUGGGCGGCUAGGGGACCAGCCAGCCAUCGGGCUAGCUCAGACUCUGGAGAAACUGGGAUUUGCUGUGGGCAGGCUGAAGACCGGGACACCACCAAGACUUGCCAAAGACACGAUUGACUUCAGUGGUCUGGAGGAACAUGGAGCUGACAAUCCUCCGGUGCCAUUCAGCUUCCUCAGUGAGGCUGUGUGGAUCAAGCCAGAAAGUCAGCUGCCAUGUUACCUGACACGCACUACCCUGAAAGCCCAGCAAAUUAUCUGUGAUAACCUCCACCUGAACAACCAUGUAAGGGAGACAACAAGGGGCCCUCGGUACUGUCCCUCUCUUGAAUCAAAGGUUCUGCGCUUCCCAAACCGGCAACAUCAAGUUUGGCUGGAGCCUGAAGGCUUGGAAUCCAACAACAUUUACCCCCAAGGCAUGUCCAUGACACUGCCACCUGAGCUUCAGGAGCAGGUGAUCAAAUCCGUCCCAGGCUUGGAAAAAGCCAAGAUGAUACAGCCAGGUGAGGUCAUCCUGCCCCACUGGUUGCCUUUGCUGACCUUCAAAAUGCCUCCUGUAACAUCUGUCUUGUUGUGUGUCAUAGGCUACGGGGUGCAAUAUGAUUUUUUAGAUCCCCGUCAACUGACUGCUUCCCUCGAGUCGCGUCUUGUUCAGCGCCUCUUCCUUGCAGGCCAGAUAAAUGGCACGACAGGCUAUGAAGAAGCUGCAGCUCAGGGUGUGAUUGCUGGGAUCAAUGCCUGUCUGCGGGUUCAUGGCAAACCCCCUUUCAUUGUCAGUCGCACCGAAGGCUACAUUGGGGUCCUGAUCAAUGACCUCACCACUCUGGGCACCAGCGAGCCCUACCGGAUGUUCACCAGCCGUGUGGAGUUCCGCAUGUCCCUCCGGCCCGACAAUGCUGAUGCCAGGCUCACUCACAGAGGUUUUGAAGAAGCUGGGUGUGUGUCGCAGCAGCGAUAUGAACAAGCAGUUAAGAUGAGAGCUGCUUUAGAUGAUGGAAUUGCAACACUAAAAUCACUUCAGUUCAGCAUAUCCAAAUGGUCCCAGUUACUGCCAGAAGUUCCCAUCAGUAGCAGUCGCAGGUCGCCUGUCAGUGCUUUUGACAUCCUUCAAUAUCAAGAUGUCAGUAUGGAGGUUCUGGCAAAAGCUGUCCCAGAGUGCCUGGACAAGCUUGCUCAAUGGAGACAAUUGGCAGAGAGAUUGAAAAUAGAAGCUGCUUAUGAGUGGUGUGUAGUCAACCAACAGCAGGAAAUAGAAGAAGUACGUCGUGAUGAAGCGCUCCAGCUGCCAGAGGACAUAGAUUAUUUUGCCAUUGAUGCAUCGCUUUCAGCAGAAGUGCGGGAGAAACUGGACUCCAGCCGUCCCCAGACGAUUGGUGCAGUCAGCCGUAUCCCUGGAAUUACACCAGCUGCUAUUGUUAACCUGCUAAGGUUUGUGAAAACCAAUCACCAGAAGACAGAGAAGCUAAAAGCUUUACCUCAGUCUGGGAAAUACUUACCAGGGAAAAUGUACUCAGAGAAAGCAACUUCACAAAGACAGAUGUCAGCUGAGUUUUCUGAAGAGGAGACACAAAGUACCUUGGUUAAAACACCUUUUUAGAGAGUGGCACGGAUCCUGCCACUGUGUGGCAAGAUCACCUGUGCUCGUGACCCUCUUCACAAGUAACAGCCAUGCUGGCCGGAUCCAAAGCAGUUCUAGUUAUGUUCUGCGGUGGGGUCGUUGAGUAGAACAAAGAUGAUGAAUGCACAAAAUAAAUGCUCAGAAACCUAAAUACAGCCUGUGAUUUUUCUGAUGCAAAUCAAGAGACAGGAGAACUGCUUUUAAAAUUCCACUCAUUUGGAAGGUGUUGGAUAGUCAAAAUCUGUUCUAAAGCAUCUUGUAAAGGACAGUGUUUUGCUCUUAUAAAAUGAGUAAGAAAUGUUACUGUACUGAACCUGUGGCAGCACAAGAGCAUUUGAGUUGAAAAGCGUGUUCCAUUGACUUUAGUACUUGUGUUCAUAGCUGUGCAGUGACUAUGCACAAUCUGGUGUCUCGGUGUGGUGUCAGCCAAGAGGAAACACUUGGCUAUGGAAAUGUGUGCCACAUGAAUAUUUGAACUUACAUAGGAGACUGACUGAAUGCAAACAUCAUAUCCUGCAGAUGUUUUUCUCCUUUAAAAUAAAUAAAGCUUUUCUUGAAACUCA